CCCGGUUACAGUCAUUGUUCGUAGUUCAGAAACUGAAAAUUCCCCUAUUGUUUUAGAAUAAAAAUAAACAAUGAGUCUCAUGACAUAAAAUAGGGUUUCACUUUCAUAUAAAAAUCACACAAAAACGAAUAAUUUCAACAAAUUAAUAACAUUUCGACUAGAAGAUCAUCAUGAAAACUUUCAGUGCUAUUCUGUUCUUUGCAUCUGUUCUAAUCUUGCAAGUUAUAUGCGAUGAUAAGAAUCCAGAACCUAAAGUAGGAGAGCCUCAAUACAGCUUGCAAGCAGCAGGUGGUGGAAAUAAUGCGAAAAACUUCAAUUUGGGUUACAAUGCUGGAGUCGGUACUCGAGUCUGGGAAAGCAAAAAGAAAGACAUGAGUCUGGACCUCGGAGUUUCAUAUGGACGAGGUAUCGCACGAGUGGAUGGCCAUACGUACAAGUCUGAACCUAAAUAUGGUUUUGGCGGAACUUUCAGAUUUGGCAAGAAACGAUGAUCACUGAAAAAUAUCCCACACUUAAAAGAAAAAUUGUUAACAGGAAGUUUGUAUCCAUAAAAAUAAAUGAUGAAAAAUCUGA